UCUCGGUUCGAAGAUUUAACGGCUCGUUUGAGCGGCAUUUUCAAAUUUUCAAACACGUCGCUGUAUAACUGGUAUACUUGAUUUAUCCUGACUAGUUCAAAUAUCGAGGGAAAGAAGCUAAAUUAUUCAGUACAUGGCCCAUUAUCGGACUUGCGAUAUAAUUUAAGUCGAGUUGGAGAUAUCUGAAUAACCGGAAACAUGUACGAUGCUAACCCUAAGGAUUAUGAUUGCCAGGCCCUCCUAGGCAUUUGUUACAACGGAGUAGGGACUAUUCACUUGGCUGUUCAUAAGUCGACAGAUACACCCGUCGUAAUAAAGAAAUUCUUCAUCGACAACAAAGCACACGAUGAGUACAGCCUCGUCGAGAGGGAGAUACUAAUAACUAGGCAACUGCAACACCCUAAUGUAUUACCAUACGUAGCCACAUUUGUUUCUGGACUGAGUAUAUGUGCAGUGUCUCCGCUGAUGGGUUAUGGAUCGUGCCGAGACUUGAUUACGGAAUACUUUGUCGAAGGCUUACCAGAAUUUGCUAUAGCGUUCAUAGUGCGCGAUGUUUUGCAAGGUCUGCGCUACAUUCACAGUAGAGGAUACAUUCACAGGGCUGUGAAAGCGAGUCAUAUCCUGGUAUCGCUUCCAGGUCGUGUUUGCCUGACAGGAAUGAGAUAUGCAUGCGAAAUCGUUAAGAAUGGGCGGUGGCAAAAACAUAUUUUCUCGUUCCCAAAGUCCACGGCAAACAAUCUCAGCUGGCUUAGUCCGGAAUUACUUCAACAGGACGUGCGAGGAUAUAACGAGAAGUCUGAUACCUACAGCUUAGGAAUGACGAUUUGUGAACUAGCCAAUGGUGUAGUGCCAUUCUAUAAUGUACCAAAAACAUUAAUGCUUACAGAAAAGCUUCGUAGUGACAGUACACAAAUAAUUGACCGUACGACCUUCCAGCCAUUCGCGAUGAACACUGAAUCAGGCAUUAACUUCGGAGACAACAAUGGAGGACGAAGUAGCUCAAAGUAUCAGCGAGGUUCGUCAUCGCAUAAGUUCUCUGAGAAUCUACAGUCUCUCACCCUUCUGUGCCUUCAACAAGAUCCCAGCAACCGACCUACGAUGGACCAGCUCUUAUCGCAUCCCUUUUUGAAACAAUGCAGAAAAAGCAACGGAUCGUUAGCAGACAUCCUGAAACCAGUGGAGCCUAUCAACUACCGGAAUCUGAACAGUAUCAGUAAUACCUACGAAGUCUAAAACCAAUUUACGGAAGACAUUUUGUAAAUACCUUUGUGUAUCGAAGUGAUCUCUCAUUCUUGUUUAUCGGAAUUCGAUGAGACGCGAUUACGGCGCUCUCACUGAACGAUCUACUACACCUUAGUGCCAAACUUUAUAAUCUAGUAGCCUGUUUUUAUUAUUUUCCAUUAUCAAGGAGCAUAUCUCUUAUGCCUCGUUCAUCUGUACAUAAUUACUCAUUACUUCGUUAAAUCAUUAAUAUUGUAUAAAGCGAGCAGUAGUCCGCAAGGAGGUUUAUCAAAGUGCGAUUUGGCAGCAUUCUCACAAUCUCAACAAUCAACAACUCUGUACAUUAGUCGGCUGAAUCUUGGAAAGUCAGAGAUCUUAACGAAGCCCCCUUUGGUGAAUACAAAGACGCAUGACGUUGGAGUAACGAUAAAA